AGAAUUAUCGCCGCUUACCAUUCGGUACUGCGCUUAUUGUUAUCAGUUCCGCGGCACCGGCGAUUACGAUGAAUUAUAUCUUCGUAUUUACAUUAUUCGGCGUUUUUCUAUCCGUAUCUACGCAAAAUUGUAAAGAGUACGGUGAAUGGUGCAGUGAUCAUAAAUCUUGUUGUGGAGGAUGCUGCUUGACUGGAAUUUGCAAAGACACUUAUGCAGACUGUCGCAUUCAUACUGAUCCCUGCUUGUUCCAUUCCUGCCCUCCGGACCAGGAAUGCUAUAUUUAUGAACCGAAAGAUUGUUUGGGGUGCGGACCCACUACUCAAUGUCGACUGUCGCCUCCUGCGCCCAGGGAAUACAUAAUAUCGUCUACAGAAAGUAUUGAUAUGGGUACGAAUUCCGUGGUGAAGAGAAUAUUCAGCCCUGAAUUACUGAUAAUUCAGUUAGUUGUGUCGUUUUUAGUUUGUUAGUAAAUUGUUAUGAUGUACAGUAUGUUAGCUUGUAAUUUUUUCUGAUGAUAUACAUAAAUACGCUUAUUAAAGUAGUGCUAGUUGUAGUUAUUGUAAUAUUGAGAUUCUAUAGUGGUAAUUAACUAGUUAUUAUUUUACUGAUAUUUGCUGUACAUUUCUUUUAGACGAAAUCCAUAUCAAGCUGAUAAUGUAGGAGAAAUAAACAUUUUUAUUUACAAUAUUCUCUUAUCUCUUCGUUUUGUUUUGCAUAAUAUUUUUAAAGGAAAU